AUGAUUUCUGUUCAAGUAACUCCUAGUAAGGGAAACGAAGAUGGUCGAUGUGGUGGUUCCCUCAUUAGUUACCCGGAAACUCAUCAGAAUUACAUUCUUCAUGACAUUGUUGAAAAAGCAAACCUUUUCUGGCAAAUGGUUUAUGAAAAACGAUGUCCAUUCAUUGUGAUGCUUUCCGUAAAUAGAUCUAUCCCGUACUUCCCACUCAACGAAGGUGAAAAGAUCCUUUAUAAUCUGUAUCAGGUUACAUGCACCAAAAAUAUGGAGAAUGAUGAAUACGUUGUUCGUGUCUUUUCGGUUGUGUGGAUUCAAAGAAGAAAAAAGUCUCAUACGCUCACCCAUAUUCAAUGUAAAUCAUGGGGAUCCCAAGCUCCAUACCUUGAGCGCUUCGAAGAAUUUUUUGAUUAUUGGAACAAGUGCAAAACUUCUAACACUGACAUGCGAAAUGCUAAGAGAAUGUACAGACGCACUUGGUCAAUUUAUGCACCUGUUAUUCAAAGUAACAGCGGAAUGGGACGUGUUGGUUGUUUCCUGAUCAUGGAUGUCAUCUCUGAUCUGCUCAGAAAUAAUAUGAAACACCACUACAACAUUGAGAGAAUGAUGCUGAAAUUGAAAACUCAACUCCCUCUGGGUAUUUCCAAUUUGAAUGAAUACAAGUUCGUUGGUGACCAAAUUGUCUGGGAAAUUGAGAAAAUGAGUGGACAAAGCUAUGCAAGGCCGCAAGUCACCAAUACUAUGAGAACCCGGAAAUUUGGUACCAGAAAUGUGAAGCGGAUGAUUUAUUCAAAGAAUGGACUGUCAAACUUCGAAGCAAUUCGUCGGCAUAGAUACAUUAAACAGGGUGGGGAGCUUCCAAAGAAAGUGCGUAAUGUAACUAAAAAAUUCGUCUCCAAAUCUCAACGAAAGGAAGAAUAUCCCGUGAGACCAUCAUUUGUCACUAGAGUUUGGAGAAUUAUAGCACGUUUUCGUAAUUACUUCUGGAAAAAUGAAUGGAGCGAGCGGGAUACCUCUGACACUGCCAUGAUCGGUGUAACUGUCUUGUAA